AUGGGAGUCUGUCAGAGCGCAGAGCCUAUGGCCGCUGGAACAACUAGCCUGGAGGCCUCCAACUACAGGCAAGCUCAAGGGCACCAGACCAAACCAGCCGUGAACAGCAGAGAAAUCCAGCCAACACGCUGGUCUGGAAGGUCACUGGAAGCGGGCGCGCAGGCGCAGUUUGUGGCUUUACUUACGGCUAAUGAAAGGGAUUCUUGGAGAGUGAAAACUUUAGCUGAAAUUCUUGAGGAGAAGAAGCAAAGGAAGAAGCAGGAAGAGAUGGCAGAGGCCAAACCCCUUAAAUAUUCUGUUCAGGAUUCCCUUGGAGAGGGCAAGCUGAGAGAUCCAGGCCGGGAGACAAGGAUCAGGAAUCCCCCCCCCCCCCACGGGAGGGAAGAUUCCAGGACAGAUAGAGGGAAAGAAGAUGCCUCCUGGGCUCCCGAAGUCCCCCAGUACUCGUCACGGAAGGAAAAGGCCCUUCACAGGAAAGAGGAGGAAAGGACAGAGAGAUGGAGGCAUGUCAGGGUGGAAGAGAAGGAGCAAAAGCCGGAACCCGGGAAGAGGCCUGAGCAGGACCAGGAGAAGGCCACCUUCUGGGAAAGGCAGAAAAGGAGGAACGUGGCUCCAGAACAUUCCAGGAGGGAAAAGGAUCAUCUUAAACCGAUGCAGCAAAAGAGAGAGUGGAAGGUGAGGGAGUGGGAGAGGCGCAAAGAGAGAGAGGCCAGAAGACAAGUUUCUAUACUUCUGGGAAUGGUGAGAGAAGCAAAAAGAAAUCACCAGAGGCCAAGCCCAUUAUGCCAGCAGCCAGAGAGAUUUGAGCAAGGCGAUGGGAAGCCAGUCAAAGAGGAGAAACUGGAAGCAAGGGAGCUCCUUUCUGAUUUACAAGAUAUUAAUGACAAGAAGAGGAAGACCAGCUCAGCUGAGUCCUCAUCAGGAGAGUCAGGAACAGGCUCUGUGAGGGAAGAAAAGAGCAGCAAUGAGGAAUCAGAAGAGGGGGGGUCAGGAAGCAAUUCGGAAGAAGUAUCUGAGCAGGCUGUUGAAGGAGUGAGUGAAGAGGAAGAGCAAGAGGAGGAUGGAAACUAUGUCUUAGUUGUUACGGAGUCAAAUAUUGACCAUGAUUUGGGAGAGUAUGAAGAAGGCGAAGAAGUGGGUCAGAGAGGACCACAGUCCAAUGUCAGGAUAGAAGGAGAUUAUGUUCCAGACUCUCCAGCCUUAUCUCUCAUGGAGCUGAAACAGGAGAUUCCCAAAUACCUCCAUACCCUCCAGGGUUAUUGGAGUGUGCAAGAAUUCCAGUAUCUGAACAGGAUUGGAGAAGGCACAUAUGGUGUGGUCUACAGAGCAAAGGACAAAAAGACCAAUGAAAUUGUGGCUCUGAAACGGUUGAAAAUGGAAAAGGAGAUUACCUCCCUCAGGGAAAUCAGUAUUAUCCAGAAAGUUCAAAUUGUCACUCUCUGGGAGAUCGUGGUGGGCAGCAGCAUGGACAAAGUCUACAUGGUAAUGAAUUACAUGGAGCAAGACCUCAAGAGGCUCAUGGAGACCAUGAAGCAGUCCUUCAUGCCAGGAGAAGUGAAGAUACUGACAAUUCAGCUCCUUCGGGGGUUGAAGCAUUUUCAUGACAACUGGAUCCUUCACUGGGACCUCAAGACUUCCAACUUGCUCCUCAGUCACACAGGCGUUUUAAAAAUUGGGGAUUUUGGACUGGCCAGAGAAUAUGGCUCCCCAAUAAAAGCUUACACGCCCAUGGUGGUGACCCUUUGGUACCGGGUCUCAGAGUUGUUACUAGGAGCCAAGGAAUAUUCGGCUGAGAUAGACAUGUGGUCAGUGGGAUGUGUAUUUGGAGAGCUGUUAACUCAGAAGCCUCUAUUUUCAGGGAAAUCAGAGAUUGACCAGAUCAACAAAGUUUUUAAGGACCUGGGAACUCCAAGUGAGAAGAUUUGGCCUGAUUACAAUGACCUUCCGCUAGUGAAGAAAAUGACUUUUGUAGAAUAUUCCUAUAAUAACUUAAAGAAAAGAUUUGGGGCCUUUCUUUCUGACCAGGGCAUCAAUCUGAUGAACAAGUUCUUGACAUACAAUCCCAGCUGGAGGAUCAACGCAGAAGAAAGUCUGAUGCAUGAAUACUUCAGAGAAACCUGCCUUCCCAUUGAUCCUUCUGUAUUUCCCACAUGGCUGGUCAAGAUAGAGCAGUAGAGGGUUAAGCAUGGCACCAGCCCACGCCUUCCAAAAGGAGGACUUGAUUACAGCCAGCUGUGGGACUAUGACUUCAAAGAUUCUGGCUGCCAUGUCACCACCACCAAUCACGGAACAUCUUCGGCUGGCCCUGGGCUUCAGCCUCAAAUCCCGUUGUGCUGGGGGUGGGGGUUGGGUGGUGGGGGUGGGAAGACCUUUGAGGUGAGCUGGGCUGGAGCCCGAGCCCCCGCCCGGCCGUCCCUGCGGUCACCCCUGAGUGCCGGCCGCUCCCUCCCGUGCGUGGAGAGGCUGCUUACAAAGGCCCGAGUGUUGCGAAUCAACCCCGCGGGGACGGCGCGCAAUCCCCUGGCCCGUUUGUUGGGAAGCCAGAACAAAAGCGACUUUAUUGUCCUUGGAGUCGAGUGUGAUAGGCGUCGCGGUUCUGGGGGCAGCCAGCCCCCGGCGCAGGGAGCUUGGGCCUGGGGACGGCGUGACCAGAUCUCUGUUUCCGAGGAUCGAUCCUUGGGACUCCCCGCCGCCUCCUGCCGCUACAUCCUCCUCUCACGCAGCGCUAAGCUGGGAAGGGCCCAGCUGAGGCUGGGGUGCCUCCCCAACGAUGCCGUGGUGGAGACGGCGGAGGAGGCCACAGAGCCCGCCGAGGCGGACAUCACGGGGCUGUGCCAGGACAUGUUCUCCAAAAUGGCCAUGUACCUGACGGGCGAGCUCACAGCUACCAGCAGCCCAUCCCACUUUGGGACAGUUCAGAUUGUUGAGAAGUUCAUGCCUCAGGACGUGUGCCGGGAACGAAGGAGGCCCGGGAUAACCUUUGGAGGGGAGCCUGGAGGGCAGGUUUAUUGGGCCUUGUGGGAACAGCAGCCAUCAGCCUACCAGGGUACUGGAGGAAAUAGGCUGGGGUCUUUGUGA